GCUCCUCCAGGAAAGGUGGAAGAGGUAGUGAAGUUUGCUAUUGAUAUAGGCUACCGCCUCUUUGACUGUGCCUAUUUCUACCGGAAUGAAAACGAAAUAGGGAGUGCAAUCCAGCAGAAGAUCAAGGAGGGGGCUGUGAAACGGGAAGACCUCUUCAUUGUCACUAAGUUGUGGAACACGUUUCAUGAGAGGUCCUUGGUUAAGGUAGCAUGCAAGAAGAGCCUCGCUGCACUGGAACUGGACUACCUUGACCUCUACCUGAUACACUUCCCUAUGGGAUUCAAGGCUGGUGAAGAACUGCAUCCUGUGGAUGAGAAGGGUAUGAGUAUCCCCAGUGAUACAGAUUUUCUGGACACAUGGGAGGCCAUGGAAGAGCUGGUGGACUGUGGUCUGGUAAAAGCCAUUGGCAUCUCCAACUUUAACCAUGAGCAGAUCGAAAGAAUCUUGAACAAGCCGGGACUGAAAUACAAGCCAGUAAAUAACCAGAUAGAAUGUCAUCCAUACCUCACCCAGGAAAAGUUGAUCAAAUACUGUCAGUCCAAAGGGAUUGCUGUGACUGCGUACAGCCCCCUUGGCUCUCCUAACCGCCCAUGGGCCAAGCCAGGGGAACCUGUGGUGCUGGAUGAUCCCAGGAUUAAAGAGAUUGCAGUUAGACAUCAUAAAACCCCUGCCCAGAUUCUGAUCCGGUUUCUUAUCCAGAGAGAUGUAAUUGUCAUUCCCAAGUCUGACAAACUACAGCGUGUUGAGGAAAACAUCAAGGUGUUUGACUUUGAACUGUCUAAAAAGGAGAUGGACAUCAUCCUCAGCUUUAACAGGAACUGGAGGGCAGUUCCAGUGCUCCAAGCUGUCAAUCACAAGGACUACCCAUUCAAAGCAGAAUAUUAA